AUGCCGGUGCCUGAUAACGACGGCGACCGGAGUUUGACGGAGCUCAUCUCCUCUCUCCUCGAACGUAUCCCAAAGCUUCUCAGCUUCAAGUGCAAAUGGUCUUCGAUUCGCGCCAAACUCGCCGAUCUCAAGACUCAGCUCGCCGAUUUCUCCGAUUUCGCCGGCUCUUCUUCCAACCAGCUGUCUCUAGAUCUUCUCGUUUCCGUUCAGGAGACGCUCGACGACGCGGUUUCCGUUGCGGCUAGGUGCGAGGGACCAGAUUUAUCGGAAGGAAAGCUCAAGACGCAGAGCGAGGUUGACUCGGUCAUGGCGAGGCUGGAUCGCCAUGUGAAAGACGCUGAGGUUCUGAUUAAGAGCGGUCUUCUUCAGGAUAACGGAGCCGUCUCGAAACUUGCGAUUUCGUCGAAGAAGGAGUCUGUUCGAUUGGAAGCGAGGAAUCUGGUGAUUCGAUUGCAGAUCGGCGGAGCUAAAUCGAAGAAUUUCGCAAUUGAUUCGUUGAUUGAGCUACUUCAGGAAGACGAUAAGAACGUGGUGAUCGCUGUAGCGCAAGGAGUUGUUCCGGUUCUGGUACGGCUUCUGGAUUCGUGCUCUCUGGGUAUGAAGGAGAAGACCGUAGCCGUGAUUUCCAGAAUCUCGACGGUGGAGAGUAGCAGACACGUGUUGAUAGCUGAAGGAUUGUCUCUCCUGAACCACCUCCUCCGUGUACUGGAAUCUGGAAGUGGAUUCGCUAAAGAGAAAGCUUGUAUCGCUCUGCAGGCGCUAAGCCUCUCCAAGGAGAACGCGAGAGCCAUCGGUUGCAGAGGAGGAAUCUCGUCUCUCCUCGAAAUCUGCCAAGCCGGAACUCCUGGCUCUCAGGCAUUCGCCGCCGGAGUGUUGAGAAACCUAGCUUCGUUCGCGGAGACCAGAGAGAAUUUCGUGGAGGAAAACGCCGUUUUCGUUCUGAUUUCUCUCGCUUCUUCAGGUACGCCUCUAGCUCAAGAGAACGCUGUAGGAUGUCUGGCUAAUUUAACAAGUGGAGAUGAGGAUAUGAUGAUACUGAUUGUUAGAGAAGGAGGGAUUAAGUGUUUAAAGAGUUUCUGGGACUCUGUCACCAAUGUGAAGAGUCUCGAGGUAGGAGUUUUGCUUCUCAAGAAUCUAGCUUCGUGCCCUAUUGUGAGAGAAGUUGUCAUCUCCGAAGGGUUUAUCCCUCGUUUGUUUCCGGUGUUGAGCUGUGGGAUUCUCAGCGUGAGAAUCGCAGCCGCGGAAGCUGUUUCUUGGCUCGGUUUCAGCUCGAAAAGCCGGAAAGAGAUUGGCGAGAGCGGAUGCAUCGGUGCGUUGAUUGAUAUGUUAGAUGGUAAAGCCAUGGAAGAGAAAGAAGCAGCUUCGAAAGCUCUGUCGACGUUACUGGUUUGCACGAACAACAGGAAGAUUUUCAAGAAGAGUGAGAAGGGUGUGGUGAGUCUUGUUCAGUUAUUGGACCCGAAGAUUAAGAAGUUCGAUAAGAGUCACACAGUCUCUGCGUUGGAACUGCUUGUGGCUUCUAAGAAAUGCAGGAAACAAGUCGUUGCUGCUGGUGCUUGCUUGCAUUUGCAGAAGCUUGUGGUGAUGGAUGUUGAAGGAGCUAAGAAAUUGGCAGAGAGUCUCUCUCGGAGUAAGAUUUGGGGCGUCUUUGCUAGGCCGUAA